UAUUGGUUACACGAGUGUCAUUUUUUUAAAAUGUCGGUAGAUAUAUAUAAGUUGGAAUUACAAUGUCAAAAAAAUCUGCCAAAUCUUUCUUCGAAGAAUAUGGAAAUCAUGGACGUUUAUCAUUAUCUCAUUGAUGAAAUUUCUGAUCCCAGAGUUUCUGAUUGGCUAUUAAUGUCAAAUCCAUUUGGUAUAACACUAAUUUCACUCGUCUAUUUAUCUUUUGUACUUUACUUUGGACCACGUUACAUGAAGAACAGAAAAUCUUAUGUGCUUACAAAGACUAUGAUUUGUUACAACAUUUCUGUUGCAAUUGCAAAUCUUGUUAUAUUUUAUGGUAUACUUACAUCGGGUUAUACGACAUAUCUUUCCAUGGGAUGUGAGCCUUUCGUAAUUUCAAAUGAUCCUAUGUCGCUUAGCAUGGCUCGAUGGGUAUGGUGGAUUUUAAUUCUAAAAAUCACUGAGCUUGCAGAUACCGUGAUUUUUGUCCUUAGAAAAAAGAAUAAUCAAACAUCAUUUCUUCACAUAUAUCAUCACACAAUAACUCUCUUUUUGGCAUGGAUCUCUUGUAAAUAUGCACCUGGUGGCAUGUGGACCUUUAUAAUGAUGCCCAAUUGUAUAGUGCAUGUAAUCAUGUAUAUGUAUUAUUUCUGUGCUUGUUUGGGGCCUGAAAUGCAGAAGAGAGUCACUCCUUGGAAGAAAUGUUUGACACGUUUGCAAUUGAUCCAAUUUGCUAUCAUGGUGGCCCAUACAUUCCAAGCGCUUCUACCAUCCUGCGAACCAGCGCGGAAGCCAUUAGCAUACAUUUACAUGUCUCAAAUUGUCAUCAUGUUCUAUAUGUUCUUGGACUACUAUAGAAAGUCGUACUUGAAAAAAAAAAUUGAGUAAACGAGUAAUAUCUUAUGAUGAUUUUCUAAUUAGA